UGGGUCCAGACCCAGGAUUGAGGAGCUCUCUGCUGCUAAGACCCUGUAUCUGUGAGAGCAAUCGCAGCCCUUCCAGGCGGGCCCCACUGACUCGGCCCAUACAGCUGUACCCAGCUUUGCUCUGGCCUUGUUUGCUGACCUCCAGCUCCAGGCAGCUGCUGGGGUCUGGUGCCCUGCUUCUCUCACAACAAGGACAGGUGGCUGUGGGGGUUGACAGAAACCCCUGCCCCUCACCUCCACAGGGGUCUCCACAUUCAGACUCCCUCCCUCCCUGCACCAACCCAGACCUUCCUGAAUGCCACCCGGAGGCCUCCUCAUCCCAGCCACCCAGCUCCCAGGGUGGAGACAGCUGUGCACUUGGCUUGAGAGGGCUGUUUCACAGAACAAACCACACCCCUGCCAGGUUGUGAUGGGCCUGGGGCACUCCCCUCAGAUUGGCCAAGCACUUCAGUCAGGACUGGGCAUUCCUGUCCUACUGGCACUGAAGGUUGUGAAAGACCCUGUGACAGGGGACAAGGUUCUUCCAUUUGCUGCUUCCCUGGGCCCACUCCCUGCUCUCUAGAUGUCAUUGGCCCGUCUAGGUCCAGGCACAAGAGCAGGGCUGGGUGGAAUAGGUGCUGCUGGCAACGGCUGGAGGGAAUGGCUCUUUUCUGGGUGGUAGGCCCCCAUCAGGGGGGUGUCUGGGUCUUCAUAUAGGUUUAAGGUUCCUCAUUUACUCUGCAGGUGGCUUGUCCCGGAGUGGGUGUGAAGCUUGGGUGGAGUGGAGGCAGUUGGGAGGGACCAGGGAGGAGCUUGGGGCCUGCUGGUACAUCACUGGCUCUGGAUUAAAAAGCCCGCAGUCCUUGGUCCUGCACCCACUGCCUGCCAUUUGUGGCUCUUGAGGACAAUCAGCCUCAUGGCUCUGGCAAAGGUUCCUGGGACCUGCCUGCUCACCGUUCGUGUCCUACAGGCCCAUGGCCUGCCCUCGAAGGACUUAGUGACCCCCUCUGACUGCUACGUAAGCCUUUGGCUGCCCACAGCCUCUAGCCACAGGCUCCAGACUCGCACAGUCAAGAACUGCAGAAAUCCCAUCUGGAAUCAGAGCUUUCGCUUUCGAAUCCAUAGCCAGCUCAAGAAUGUCUUACAGCUGCAAGUCUUUGACCAGGACCUUCUGACCAGUGAUGACCCCAUGUUGUCAGUGCUGUUUGACGUGGGGACUUUGCAGGCUGGGGAGUUCCGCCGAGAGAGCUUCUCAUUGAACCCUCAGGGCGAGGAGCGGCUAGAAGUUGAAUUUUGGCUGCAGAGACUGACAGACUGUGCCGAGCAGCUUGUCAGCAAUGGCAUCCUGGUGGCCCGGGAGCUCUCCUGCUUGCACGUUCGACUGGAGGAGGCAGGGAACCAGAAACAGUCAGAGGGCAGAGUUCAACUUGUGGUUCCUGGGUCCUGUGAGGGUUCACAGGAUGCCUCCGUGGGUGCUGGCUCCUUUUGCUUCCAUUGCCCAGCCUGCUGGGAGCAGGAGCUGGGUAUUCUUCUGCAGGAUGCCCCUCGCGAGCAACUGAAGGUGCCCCUCAGGGCCUUGCCCUCUGGCCAAGUGGUGAGGCUUGUCUUCCCUACAUCCCAGGAGCCCCUGAUGAGGGUGGAGCUGAGGAAAGAAGAAGGACCGAGGGAGCUGGCCGUGCGUCUAGGCUGCGGACCGUGUGCCGAGGAGCAGGCCUUCCUGAGCCGGAGGAAGCGGGUGGUGGCCAGAGCCCUGAAGCAGGUCUUGCAGCUGGGUGAAGACCUGCAGGAGGACGAGAUUCCAGUGGUAGCAGUUAUGGCCACUGGCGGUGGCAUCCGGGCAAUGGUUUCCCUCUAUGGACAGCUGGCUGGACUGAGGGAGCUGGGUCUCUUGGAUUGCAUCUCCUAUAUCACAGGGGCCUCAGGCUCCACCUGGGCUUUGGCCAACCUCUACGAGGACCCGGAAUGGUCUCAGAAAGACCUGGCAGGGCCGACCGAGUCACUGAAGACACAGGUGACCAAGAGCAAGUUGGGUGUACUCGCUCCCAGCCAGCUGCAGCGGUACCAGCGGGAGCUGGGGGAGCGUGCCCGCCUGGGCCAUCCAGCCUGCUUCACCAACCUGUGGGCCCUCAUCUGCGAGGCACUGCUGCACGAUGAGCCCCAUAACCACACACUCUCAGACCAGCGAGAGGCCCUGAGUCACGGCCAGAACCCUCUGCCCAUCUACUGUGCCCUUAAUACCAAGGAGAAGAAGCUGAGCACCUUUGAAUUUGGAGAGUGGUGUGAGUUCUCCCCCUAUGAGGUUGGCUUUCCCAAGUAUGGUGCCUUCAUCCCCUCUGAGCUCUUCGGCUCUGAGUUCUUCAUGGGGCGCCUGACCAAGCGGCUUCCUGAGUCCCGAAUCUGCUUCCUCGAAGGUAUCUGGAGCAACCUAUAUGCAGCCAACCUCCAGGAUAGUUUAUACUGGGCCUCAGACCCCAGUCAGUUCUGGGACCGCUGGGCACAGGAUCAGGCCAACCUGGACAAGGAGCAGGUCCCUCUUCUAAAGAUAGAAGAGCCUCCCACUGGGACUGGCAGGAUUGUUGAGUUUUUCACUGACCUUCUGACGCGGCGCCCACUGGCCCAGGCCACCCACAAUUUUCUGCAUGGCCUCCAUUUCCACAAGGACUACUUCCAACAUCCUUACUUCUCUACCUGGAAAGCCACCAAACUGGAUGGGCUCCCCAACCAGCUGACACCUGCAGAGCCCCACCUUUGCCUGCUGGAUGUUGGCUACCUUAUCAACACCAGCUUCCCGCCCCUUCUGCGGCCCACACGGGAUGUGGACCUCAUCCUGUCGCUGGAUUACAACCUCCAAGGAGCCUUUCAGCAACUGCAGCUCCUGGGCCGGUGGUGCCAGGAGCAGGGCAUCCCGUUCCCGCCCAUCUCACCCAGCACUGGAGAGCAGCAGCAGCCAGGAGAGUGCCACUCGUUUUUGGACCCAGAUUGCCCCGAGGCCCCAGCUGUGCUGCACUUCCCUCUGGUGGAUGACUCCUUCCAGGAGUACUCGGCCCCUGGCAUCCGGCGGACACCAGAGGAAAAGGCGGCGGGGGAGGUGAACCUAUCUUCCUCCGACUCCCCCUACCACUACUCCAAGGUGACCUACAGCCCAGAGGACACGGACAAGCUGCUGCGCCUGACCCACUAUAACAUCUGCAACAACCGGGAGCAGCUGCUAGAGGCCCUGCGUGCAGCUGUGCAGCGGAGGCGGCAGCGCAGGCAGCAGCAGCACCACCCCCAGUGAGGGCGCAGGAGGGCGGCUGGCCCGGGCUCCUACCGCCCCUCCCCUGCCACUUGGGUAGACUCACUCCCUGGCCCCCUGGCUCUUCUGGGUGAGUUGGGGCAGAGACAACUCGCCAGAUCAUCCAGAGCCUCUGGGGCCUGAGUGGCCCAGCCCCGGCCCUCUCAUCCUCUGAAUGGCUAUGCCAGGGUCAGUGCCCAGCGCCACCCUGACAGGCCCCCACAGCCUUGCCACCUACACAGGCAUGGGGGUUGAGGGCUUAACAGGGCUGGGCCUGGUCUCCUCAGGCCAGAGACGUGUCCUCUUCAAGCAAGAACAUUCAGGGGUUCGGUGGUAGCGGGUUGUCAUUGCUGUCAAGGAAGGACAGGUCACCCUGGGCUCUUGGUUACACAUAAUAAGGACUGGUUUGAAAAAACCUCCCCCCAGGCACCUUACAGAGCUAGCUAGCAGAGGGAGAACAGGCUGUGUAUACCCCACUGGGGCUACACUCUCCAAGUAGGGAGGAGGCCAGUAUGGCCUGGGGGGUGCUGCUGCUGGAUCCUGGCCCUGUGCAGGUGACUGGAUGCACAGGGAGUGGCGCCAGCACCCCUGUCCUUCUCCCUGUCAAAGGGCUGCUUCCUGUUCCACAGGAGGGGUGGGAUCAGAGCAGCCAAAGGGACAAGCACCAAUGGCUUAACUUCAGUAAGUUGUGAUCUUGGUGAGGGCUGCCUCUUAACAAGGAACAGUCUAUUCCAGAAGUUGGUCCUGAGUAGCUGGGUAGCAGAGCCUUGUUCUGGUUCUCUAGAGGUUGUCCUUGGUUGGUGCCAGCUCAGGAUUUGCUUCAGGGCCUAGAUCCGUUGGGGGUAACAGGAAGGCAGAGUGAACGCAGGGCCUGGCCUCCCUUCGAACAUUCCACCUUCUUUUAAUGUUGCUGUGCUACUUGGAUACUGAUUGCUGACAGGUAGCUGCAGGUCUGACUGGGGUGUGAAGAGGCUAGUGGGUGGGAGGAAACAGGUUCUUGUGACUCAACUCCCCCUACCUGUCUGCUCUGGCCCACCAAUUCUUGGGCCCUGCCUUGGGCAUGUGGCUAGCGUCACAGUGGAAGAAAUGGCCGCCUUAGAAGCCACCAUCCAGGAUAAGUUAACAGGUCAUCUGAAUCCUAAAGUGGAGCCCGUGGGUCCUGUGCAGCAGGCUUGUGCAGCCGUGGCUGCCCUCAGGUGUGCUGCAAGGGCUCUGUCUGUGCCUGAGUCUGUGGGUGUGUGUCUGUGGGUGACAGCCUGAUAGCUGGCCUGCUCUAGGACAGUAAAUCUCCCCUUUCCCAUUGGAGCAGGGGAAAGCAGGAGAGGUGGCGGGCAGAGGGCAGGUCAGAGGGGGCUGGCUUGCAACCUGUCUUCUGUCUUAGGAAGAAGAGGCCAUGGAGUGAGUGACAUGGGGAGACCGAGGGAGUCUGCACCUUGGGCCCGGCCUGGGCAGGAAAGGCAUGAGGAGCCAGGGGCAGGUGCCUGGGUAGGGCCAGCAGCCGGCAGGAACUGCAAGGGUUGCAGCUGGCCAUCGGCACUCACAUGCAUACCCCUCAGUGAGGAAGUCAGGGGACAGCCAUGGAGCCUGUGGGAAAAGGGAGUCUCAGGACCUGGACACUGAGCAGGGGUUUGUACGCAGUGGGGGGGGGGGUGCUAGGAUUUUCUAUUGCUGAGGGUCUCCAUUAUGGGGAUUACCCCAUACCCUAGCAGCAUAGGUCUGAGGCUCCAGAUCUUGGCUUAAGACAGCAGCAGCUAUAUCAGUCCUGGGGGCUCAGGACUCCCCCCCCCGCCCCCACAUACCCAGGUGCCCUACCUGAGCGGAGCAGCGGGGCUGGACACCGUCUCAGCAGUGUGCUCAGCUGGGAAGCCCACAGGUCUGGCUCUGAGCUCCAGGCUCAGACUCUGGGCUGCAGAGCAAAGGGAGCUCAGUGGUCAGCCCUGGUGCAGGUGCUAGGCCCUCUGAAGACAGCAGCCUCCUUGCAUGUUUGUGUCUUCCCUCAAAUGCAUAUGUUGAAAUCCUAA